AGAAAUUAAGAAAAAUACUCGUGUCGCGGGGGCUGCGUGACCGCACGCCCGCGCCCUCGCCCGCCGUCGCCCCGAGUGUUCUUACGAGGUUUCGCGCGAGGUAGUACUGGGAAAGCGCUCGAGAUAGCGCUGCGCGAGUCGUGCCCGGGACUCCUCGGCCACGACAGGUCCGAGAUCUGCCCCGUACCGUUAAGUGCCCCCGGCACGGGGUCCUGGCUGCCGGCGGGGCUACCCGCGUGUCGGAAAGCCAGUCGUCGCCCACGCCGUGCGCAAGGGUCCGGGGUCUGCCGCACGGGUGCUCCGCGCCCACCGUAUCAGAUUGGCACGAAGAGGCUCCAGCGCCGAGACAGAGAGCUUGCACGACCUGCUAAAUCGCCGUCGACGGACACCCGAUGGAGCACUCGUUCGCCCUGCGGGGCGCCCCGGCCCGCAAGGGGCGGCAGCCCCGCGUCGGCUCCGUCGAGGGAGCGCCGCUGCAGCCGGCGGCGGCGCUGCCCGAGCUGCCGCCCCGGUCGCGCGACAUCAACGCCGAGCCGGCGGAGCCGGCACAAACGAGGGCGCCGCCGCCGCGCCUCGGCCUGGAGGGCCUCGCCUACGCGCCGGCGGCGGACCCGGCCGGCGUCGUCGCGGGGCGCCGCGUCGGCCUGGCGUCGCCGCCGCCCUCGCCGGAGUUCGAGCGCGCGGCCACGCCCCUGGCCCACUUCGAGCCCGGCGCCGCGCGGGGCGCGCUCGGGCCGGACCCGAGCGCGUCUCCGCCCCGGCGCCCGGUCGCGCUCGUGAGCGAGGGCCGGCGGCCCCGGAGGAAGGCCCCGGACGCGCCGCGGCCGGCGAGCCCCCUGCCGGCGAAGGAGGACCUGAUCCGGUCCUUCGCGCACGCCUUCGAGCGGCCCGAUCGCCGCGAGACGGGCCAAGGUUCGCGGAUCGCGCGGCCCGCGGCGGCGCCCGCGUUCCCGUCGGGGCGCGUCGGCGCCGAGCUGCCGCCCCUCGAGGGCCCGAAGACGCGGGACCGGGCCGCGCUGAAACUGGGCCGCUACCUGCUGGCGCCGCCGGCCGACCCGAAGCCCUGGCGCGCGGCGUCGGCGGUCGCCCUGGGCUCGGGCUCCAACCGCCUGCCGUCCAGACUCGCCGUCCACGAGGAGGCCGCCCGCCUGCGCGCGGAGUGGCACGCCGCGGGGGAGACGGACGACGCGCCACCCGCGUCGUUGCAGGCGGACCUGAGCGCGCGGCAGGCGAUCCGGCCGCCCGACCGGGCCGCGCGGUUCUUCCUCGACCGGUGGCUCAAGUCCUUCGACGCGCGCGCCGACGAGGAGCGGACCGUGGCGCUGUCGACGAAACUCCUGGCGCGGUUUUCGGCGGCGGCGGCGCAGCACACGCUGACCCAGGCGCCGUGCGACGAGGGCCGCCCGCCGCCGUCGCGCGACAUCGUCGCGGUGGCCUGCGCGACGUUCGACGACCUGUGCGACGCGCUGGGCGAGGCCCUGCCCGCCCUGGCGGAGCUGCGGCGGUGCGUGUUCGAGGCCAUGUUCCUGGACGAGCCGCGGCCCGUGGCGGCGCGCCGGCCCCACAGGCUGCUCCGGUGGGCCGACGGCGCGGACGCAGCGCCCGCCGCGUACGCCGAGCGGCGCCUCUGGUGCGAGGGCGGGGGCCUCGGCGAGGUGAAACGCGCGCGAGAGGAGCUCCAGCGGACGGCGCGGGCGCUGCGCGACGCCGAGCGCGGUCGCGAGGCCGCGCAGGACGAGCUGAACCAGGCGGAGGCCCAGCUCGCGUUCCGGGAGGUCGUCAAGCGCCAGGACGACGCCGCGCUCGCCGCGCGGCGGCGGGCCCACGGGGCCGCGGACGUCGCGGCGAACGCGCUCCGGUCGCUCCUCGCGGACGCGGAGGAGGCCCACGCGAAGACGAAGGCGCAGGUCCACGAGAAGAUCUCGAACAUGAAGGCGCUGAUCCACGGCAACUGCGACCGGGAGCGCCGGAAGUGGAAGAUCUGCCGCAUGCUCAUGCUGGCGGCGAUGAAGGGCCUCGAGGAGAAGUACGUGGCGUCGUACGAGGCGAAGGAGGAGGCCCGGGGGCGCGCGGCCGCGGCGGAGCGCCGGCUCGAGGAGAACGAGGCCCGCGUGCAAGCGAGGGAGGCGGCGUUCCAGCAGGAGCGGGCCGCGCUCGAGGCGCGGCUGAACGACGCGACCUUCGCCCGCGAGCACGAGCGCAAGCGGGCGGAGGACCUGCACGAGGAGAACCUGACGCUGCGCGCGCGGGCGUCGGGCGGGCUCGGGGAGGAGUCCCGCGGCGUGCUAGAGCAGCUCUCCGACCGCGAGCGCGAGGCGGCGCGGCUGAAGAACGAGCUGCGGGAGCGGGACGCGCUCCUCGCGGACACGGAGGCCCGCGCCGCGCAGAGCGACGCGCGCGUCGCCGAGCUCGAGGGCGUCCUGGGCGAGAAGGAGGAGGCCGCGGCGGCGGCGGCGCGCAGGAUCGCGGAGCUCGAGGCCGACACCGCCGCCAAGACCGAAGACAUCGGGGCGCUCGAGGCGCGGAGGGCCGCGCUCGACGCCGAGCUCGCCGCGUACCGCGAGGAGGCCGCGCAGCGGCUCGUGGACGGCGGCACGGCCCAGGAGCAGGCGCUGCGGCGAGCCCUGGCCGAGGCGGAGCGGACGGUCGACGAGCGCCGCGCGCACGCCGCGUACGUCGAGUGCGUCGCCGCGCGGCAGGACGCCGCGACGGCGGCGGGGGUCGCCGACGCGGCGGCCGACAUCGCGGGCGCCCGGGACGCCAUCAUCCAGAGCCUCGCGGACGCGAGGGCCGCUUUUGAGACGCAGCGCGACGACGCGUGCGAGGCCGCGGCCGCGGCCGCCGAAGCGCGCGGCGGGGUCGAGUCGGCGCGGCGCGAGCGCGAGGGCGCGUCGCGGGCGGCGGACGCGGACGCCGCCCUCGCAAAGGUCCAGACCGAGCUCGCGGGCCGCGACGCGACGGUCGAGCGCCUCACGGAGGAGCUCGGGGACGCGCGGGCGCGGGUCGCGGCCCUCGAGGCCGAGCUCGGCGACGCGUCCGCUCGAUGCGCGCGCCUCGAGGCGGAACGCGACGCGGCGGCCGCGGAGGCGCGGGCCGCCCUCGGGGCGUCGGCGGAGGAGGCGGAGGCGCUCCGGGAGGCCGCGCGGCUGCGGGACGAGGAGACCGCCCGGCGGCUGGCCGCGGCCGAGGCCGCGCGGGAGGAGGAGCGCGAGGCCACGCGCCGCGCGGAGGCGGAGGCGAAGCAGCGCGAGCGCGACGCGCUGCGCAUGGCCGAGGACGAGGCCGAGGCCGCCAUGGCCGGCGAGGCCGAGGUCGAGGCGCUGCGGGGGACGCUCGCGGCGCUGCGGAGCGAGCUCGCGGAGGCGCACCUGGAGAUCGACAAGCUCCAGAAGCUCGUGGCGAUCGCCGAGGAGGCCAAGGAGCCCGCGGAGCCCGAGGAGGACGUCGCGGCGCUCGCGUCGGCCUUUGGCUUCGCCGAGGGCGAGGAGGACGCCGACGAGGCGGCGGACCGGGUCGAGGAGAUCCGCCCGGCGACGGCCGAGCGGCCGGCGACGGCCGAGCGGCCGCCGACGGCCGAGCGGCCGCCGACGAGCGGCUCCGGCCGCCCGACGACCGCCGGCAGCGCGGCGUCCUCCGCGGCGCUGCGGCUCGAGGGCGUGCGGGCGGAGCUGGAGCGGGCGCUCGACGCGGCGCAGCGGGCGGCGGCGGACGCGCUCGCGCGGGGCGACGCGGCGGAGGCGGCGCGCGCCGGCGCGCUCGCGCGGUGCGAGGCGUCGGAGGCGGCGUUCGGCGCCCUCGCCGCCGCGCCGGCGGCCGUCGAGACGGUCGUCGAGGAGGUCGUCCGCGGCGACCCCGACCUCGAGGACAAAUUACGCGAGGCGGCCGACCGGCGCGUGGCGGCGGCGCAGGACGUCGCGGCCGCCGCGGACCGCGACCGCGUUGCCGCGCUCGCCGCCGCGGCCGGCGAGCGCGACCGCGCGGCGGCCGCGGAGGCCGUCAACGGGGCGCUCGCCGCGCUGCACGGCGACGCGCUGCGGCGGGCCGCGAGCGAGGCCGCGAGCGAGGCCGCGAACGAGGCCGCGCAGCAGGCCCGGCGGCGGGACGAGGAGGCCGCGGGCCUCGCGCGGGCCGCGGCGUACCUGGACGACGCGCUCGCGGCCGAGCGCGCGGCCUUCGACGCCUGCGCCGCGGCGCUCAACCGCGCCGUGACGCGCGCCGCGCGCCUCUCGGCCUCGCUCGAGAGCGGCAUCGACGGGUCGAUCACGAUCGCCGACCACGAGGACCAGCUCGCGCGGCUGCGCGAGGCGCUGGACGCGGAGAUGGACGCCCUGCGGGAGGCCUCCGAGGCCCUCGCCGGGCAGCACGCGGCGGCGCUCGAGGCGCUGGCGUCCGAGCACGCCGCCGCGCUGGACGCCGCGAAGGGAGCGGCCGCGGACGCCUUGGCACGGGCGCAAACGGCGCACGAGGAGGCGCUGGCGAAGGCGCAGACCGACGCCGCGGCGGCGCGCGAGGCCGCGCGGCGGGACGAGGCGUCCCUGGCGGAGCAGGCGCGGCGCGACGCCCCGGCGCCGAGCGACGACGCGGCGCUCGACGCGUUGCGAGCCCAGCUCGAGGCCAAGCAAGCGGAAUACGACGCGGCGCUCGCGCAAAUGAAGGAAGACGCCGCGGCGGCCGCCGCGGACCACGCCGCGGCGCUGGAGACGCUGCGGCGCGAAGCCGCGGCGGCCGCCGCCGACCACGCCGGGGCGCUCGAGGCCCUGGCGGAGGGGCACGCCGCGGAGCUCGAGCGCGCCGCGAGCGGCGCGGCGGACCUCGAGGCGCGGCUCCGCGCGGCCCGCGACGAGAUCGCGUCGCUCGCGGGCGACGUCGACGCGGCGGCGCGGGCGGGAGACGCGGCGGACCGCCAGGUCCAGCGGCAGCUGAAGGGCGUCGCGGCGCAGGAGCGCAGGUGCAGGGAGCUCCAGUCGCUCGUGGACGAGGUGCGGACGGGCCUCGCGGAGCUGCAGGCGGACAUGACCUCGAGGAUGCCGCUCCCGCGGCUGCACCGGCUGGUCGCGCAGCUCCUGCUGCGGCUGGGCGCGGCGCCGCCGGGCGACAACGCCGUGCGCGCGCUGGCGACGAUCGUCUCCCUGCAGAAGAAGUACAAGAAGCGCAUCGCGGCGCGCGGCGCGCGGCGGGCCGACGCGGCGGCGGCGGAGGCGGCCGCGAAGGCCGCGCUGGCGGCCGAGGCCGAGCGCCUGCGGGCGGGCGGCGACGACGCGCUCCGCAAGGAGUACGAGAAGAAGCUGCGGCGGCUGGAGGCGCAGGCGGCCGCGCGCGAGAAGGAGCUGCGGCGCAAGGCCGAGGAGGCCGAGGCGCGGCGAUUACGGGAGACGCAGGCGCGCGCGGCCGGCGCCGCGCCGGAGGACCUCGGCGACGACGUGGUCCAGGCGACCUCGGCGCUCCACCGCGAGCAGCUCGCGACCGAGGCCCGGGACCUGUCGCGGACGAUCCUGGCGGACGUCGCGGCGCGGGACGGCCUCGAGGCGGCGGCCGCGACGGGCGGCUCGCGCUUCGCGAAGGAGAAACUCCAGGCGUUCGUGGCGGAGCUGGCCGCGAAGCGAAGGCGGCUGCGGGCGAUCGGCUGGCAGGUGCCGCUGUUCGACGCCGCGGGCGCGUGCGACGCGAACAUGGAGCACCGGGCCUACGACCUGGAGCACCAGCGCGACAUCCUCCAGGAGAAGGUGCUGGCGCUGCAGGUCAGGAGCCGCGACGACGCCAAGGCGGCCGAGACCGCGGUGGCGCGCGUGCGCCGCGUGCUGAAGAUCGCCGAGGCCGAGAAGGAGUCCGAGUUCCUGAAGCGCGUCGAGGCCGAGGGGGCACUCGGCUGUGUGGAAAUCAACCAGUGCGUCGGGUGCACCCGAUGAUCCUUCACCAAGUCAUUUCUCGGCGAUGACGCGGCCGUCCUGGCUCCGUCGAGCGGCGAGGGACCGGCAUCGCCACGCCAUCGAGCAGGCGUCGCGUCGAUGGCGUGGAGGUCGACGCGGCGAUCCAGCGCGAACGCGCCGUAAAAUUUCGAUUUCCACACAGGUGCUCGGGAAGCUCCAGGUCGAGCUCGACCGCAUGAAGGCCGAGGAGGAGCGGGUGCGGAAGCUCUGCGGCGACAGCGGCAUGCCGCCGGUCCAGCUCCUGGGGACCGUCGUCGGGACCCUGCUCGCGGAGCGGCGCGCGACGGCGCUGCUCGUGGGGGAGCUGGUGCGGGUCCAGGAGGCGGUGGUCGAGCUCAGUGCAUGAAUCAAGUUGUCGCGGCGCUUCUACACGGCUGCGUUUUCGCCGUGCACCCGACUCACUGGUUGAUUUAUGCACAGGUCGAGCUCUGCGGGGCGGACGAGGCGCCGCCCACCGGGGAGGCCCCGGCCGCGCCCGCGGCCGGGGACGCGUCGCCGCGCGCCGCGCCGGUCGCCGAGGCCCUCGGGCCCGUCGCGGCGCGCGUCAAGAUGGACCCGGCCAAGUACGCCCUCACGACGAGGCGACUGCGGGCGGACGCCGCGCGGCCGCCGCCCAAGGUCCUGCCCGCGCCGGCGGUCGCCGCCGGCGCGGCGGGCGCGCUCGAGCUCGCGGCCGUGCCGCAGGACGAUCGCCUCGCGCCGACGGUGCGGAGCACGAAGCUGGAGAAGCGGCAACCGGUGCCCGCUGCGCCGGUACGCUACGAGGCCGUGAACGGCGUCGGGCCCCUCAUCCCCGCGCGGCUUCAGAAGGCCCUGACGGCGACGAUCGCCCCCCUGCUGGAGGCGCACGAGCGCGCGCUGCCCGAGGUCAAGGAGCGCCUGCGGCGGCGCGUCCACUUCGGCGAGCGGUGGCGGAACCACGAGGAGUUCUUCCGGACCGCGGACCCGCUCCUGCUGCGAUCGGUCGACGCGAACGCGACGCGACUGAACAAGAACCUGCUGAAGCAUGCCCGCCUCGCCGACGACUGCAACCUGAAACUGGAGGGCCUGGUCGGCCUGACCGAGGCGCGCGCCGCCGAGCGCGCCGAGGACUUUUACCUGACGCGGGCCAUGGACGCGCACGGGCACCUGUCCGAGACGAUGAAAGAUUGGGGCGCGGCGCGGCGCAAGGAGAUCGGCGCGGCGGAUCUGGCACGGGGGCUGCAGGAGAGGCCGGCGUCGAGGGUGAAAAUGAUCGAGGCCGACGCGCUGCCGGACAAGGAGGUGCUCGCCGGCACGCGGAGGGGGCUACCGCCCGUCGAGACCGUGACCACCAUCCGGAGGCCCGGCCGGCCCGCGGACGAGCUCGCCAAUUCCCGGGACGAGCGCGCCGCGGAGUAA